AUGAGUCUGAGUCUAAAUAGGUCAUUUUUGAAUUCAGGGGGACAGCAUGGCAUUUUUGCAUUGUUUUCCAGUCUGUCAUUAUAAGAGAUACUGAGUGAGUUCUGUUCAUUUUUCAGGCAGGAACUUUAUUCUCAGAUCAGCCACAGGAAGCAGUUUUUUUCAGACUUGAAUGUUGCAAUUCACAGCACCGACUCAUGUGAAGACUGAAGCAGCAUUGCAAGAGAUUCAACAGCAGAUUGGGCCAGUUUCGGAAGAUUUUAGGAUGUCUUGGCCACUGGCUAUCGUCUUCUUCUUUUUCUAUGCCAUCAGUUCACUUGCGUCUGCUGGAAAGGUUCUGGUUUUCCCACAUGAUGGCAGCCACUGGGUGAACAUGAAGGUGCUGGUGGAGGAACUGCAUUCACGGGGGCAUUCUGUGACUGUCAUUCGGGCUGCAGACAGCUGGUACAUCAGUGAGACGGCUUCACAAUAUGAAACCAUCACAGUGGAUGUCAACUCUGGUGGUAAUGAAGAUUUCUACCGUCUCUUUGUGUCCGAGGUCAUUAGAAUUAAAAGAAGCAAUGGGUCAGCAUGGACCCGUUUCGCUUUAGACAUGGAGUUGAAAAACAAGUUCUUUGAAUUACACAGAAAGAUCUGCGAGGUGAUUGUGCACAUAUUUGAAAGUAAAGAGUUAAUGAAGAUCCUCCAGGAAGCCAAGUAUGACAUAGUUUUGACUGACCCUGCAAAUGGAGGAGGUGUGUUUUUGGCUCACUACCUUGGCCUACCGAUAGUGUUCAACACUCGCUGGACUGUUCACGGUGAAGCACAUUUUGCUGUUGCACCUUCUCCUCUUUCCUAUGUCCCACUUCCACCAUCAGAGCUUACGGAUCAAAUGACAUUCUUUGAAAGGGUGAAAAACAUGAUUUUCUACCACAUGAGGAUGCAUCUGUACAAGCAGGUGGUCGCACCACAUUACUCUCCUUUAGCUAAGCGCUACUUUGGCCCAGAUGUGGACUACUUUUCUCUGUUCCAAGCUGCAGAUCUGUGGCUCAUGAGAGUGGACUUUGUGUUUGAGUUCCCUCGUCCCACCAUGCCAAAUGUUGUCUAUAUGGGAGGGUUCCAGUGUAAACCUGCAAGACCACUUCCUGAACUCCUGGAGAAGUUUGUGCAAAGUUCUGGAGAGCACGGAGUUAUCAUCAUGUCUCUGGGGACUUUAAUUGGAGAGCUUCCAAAUGACCUGGCAGAUGAAAUUGCUGCUGGUUUUGCUAACUUACCCCAGAAAGUUAUCUGGAGGUAUAAGGGUGCCAAACCUCCCUCUUUAGGAAACAAUACUUUAAUCAUAGACUGGAUGCCUCAGAACGACCUCCUAGGCCAUCCAAAAAUCAAACUUUUUGUAAGUCAUGGAGGAACAAAUGGAAUUUAUGAGGCCAUCUAUCAUGGGGUUCCAAUGGUGGGCAUUCCCUUUGUGUUCGAUCAAGCCGACAAUCUCUCCAGACUCAGAGCUAAAGGAGUUGCAAAGAUUUUGGAUGUGUCUGACAUAAAUGAGAAAAAAUUUCAGAAAACUAUUCAGGAAGUCUUGGAUGAGCCAUCUUACAGGAUGAACAUGCAGAGACUCUCCCGACUACACAGAGAUCAGCAGAUAAGGCCACUGGAUCGAGCCAUCUUCUGGAUUGAGUUUGUCAUGAGGCACAAAGGUGCUGCUCACCUCAGAACAGAGUCUUACAGGUUGCCCUGGUAUACCUAUUACUCUGUAGAUGUCAUUUUAUUUUUAAUAGCAAUUUUUGCACUAAUGUUUUUAGUUUUUUCUUGGUUAUUGUGGCACUGCUUCAAAUUAUGUUGUAAAAGAAAAGUGAAAUCUGACUGACUGGGGCACCGAUCACAUAUAACAUUAUGUCAACUCACUGUUGGUUCUACUGGGU